GUCUUCCUCAUCUGGCGUCGGAGGGCACAGCCGACUGUGCGAGCCAUGACUCUGAGCUCAGAGAUGUCGGAUGCCUCCAUCCUUUCGGAAGAGACCGACAUAGACGUGGUCGGCGAGGGGGAGGAUGGAGACGGCCAGACGCGCUCCUACGUGGACGAGGUGGCACAGAUGCGCGACGGCAUCCUGCUGUCCGGCUCCCCUCCUCCGUGCCUGGACGGCUCCACCUCCUCGAGGGACAGCUACAAGCCGGCGGGCAAGAACACGCUGGUGAAGCCCCCUUACUCCUACAUCGCCUUAAUCACCAUGGCCAUCCUGCAGAGCCCCAAAAAGAGGCUCACGCUCAGCGAGAUCUGCGACUUCAUCAGCAGCCGCUUCCCGUACUACCGGGAGAAGUUCCCGGCCUGGCAGAACUCCAUCAGGCACAACUUGUCCCUCAACGACUGCUUCGUGAAGAUACCGAGGGAGCCGGGGAACCCGGGGAAGGGCAACUACUGGACCCUGGACCCGGAGUCGGCCGAUAUGUUUGACAACGGGAGCUUCCUGCGGCGGAGGAAGCGCUUCAAGCGGCAGCAGGCGCAGGACUUGCUGCGGGAACACAACAGUUUUCUGCCCGCCGCGUACGGCUACGGACCGUACGGCUGCGGGGGAUACGGCAUCCAGCUGCAGUCCUACCACACGCACUCUGCACUUUUCGCGUUUCAGCAGCAGCAGCAGCAGCAGCAGCAGCACUCCCGACAUUCGCACUCGCACACGGGGACCGUUAUCCCCGCGCCGUCUUUGAUGCCCAUCAGCACGGACUUAGCCAGGAGUCGGUUUUAUCCCCAGCUCAGCUCCAGUCUGGGUUCAGCCAGCGUGCAGGCUGCGGCCCCGGUGCAGAAGUCCGGCUCCCCGGUGCAGCGGUCUCCCUUCUCCAUAGAGAGUAUCAUCGGGGGGUCACAGAGCCCCUCCAGGACUUCCCCGGCCGUUAUCCCGGUCUUACCGUCCUCUUUGGGGCAUCCGGGGUCCGGCCGGCCGCAGACCGUCCACCCCGGAGCCGUUUUACACCCGGUAGAAAACUUUCCGAACAGGGUCGUGAGCGGCACUAGCGACUUCAAAAUGUCUUAA